GCCGCAGCUGUAGCCGGGCUGCCCGCCGGGGCUGGGGCGCGCACCGGGGACCCCGCGGGGCGGACGGGCGGGCGCCGGGUCCCCUGCCUGGCCGCCUGCGCGCCGGGACCAGCAGUAUGAGCAGCGGCUACAGCAGCCUGGAGGAGGACGCCGAGGACUUCUUCUUCACCGCCAGGACCUCCUUCUUCAGGAGGGCGCCCCAGGGCAAGUCCCGCGCCGGCCAGCAAGAUGUAGAGAAAGAGAAGGAAACUCACAAUUACCUCAGCAAAGAGGAAAUCAAAGAGAAGGUUCAGAAAUACAAUUUAGCUGUCACAGACAAAUUGAAGAUGACCUUGAAUUCAAAUGGGAUUUACACUGGCUUCAUUAAAGUUCAGAUGGAACUCUGCAAACCUCCACAGACGUCUCCUGGUAGCAAUGGCUGUAUGAACACGCUUCAUAUCAGCAGCACAAACACUGUCGGGGAAGUUAUCGAGGCCCUGCUCAAAAAAUUUCUAGUGACGGAGAGCCCUGCCAAGUUUGCACUUUAUAAGCGUUGUCACAGGGAAGACCAAGUCUAUGCCUGCAAGCUCUCAGACCGAGAACAUCCUCUCUACCUGCGUUUGGUAGCAGGGCCCAGAACUGACACGCUUAGUUUUGUUCUUCGUGAACAUGAAAUUGGAGAGUGGGAAGCUUUCAGCCUUCCAGAACUGCAGAAUUUCUUGCGCAUCUUGGAUAAGGAGGAAGAUGAGCAGUUGCAGAACCUGAAGAGGCGCUACACAGCCUACAGACAUAAGCUGGAAGAAGCCCUGGGCGAAGUGUGGAAGCCCGGCUAACGUGCAGGCCCCCUGCUGGGAAGGCAAGGCUUGGGACCUCUGUAUACAGGAGCAGCAAGUGCCUUUCUGCUCGGAGAGCUGUCUUCGUGCCCCAAAGCUAGGGUCAUCCCCUUUUAUCUCUAGAGUUAGUUCCCAGCCCCUGGCCACAGGCAUCCUGCACCCCCUCGCGUCCCUCGUGAGGGGCCCUGCAAGCUUGUUCUGUUACAGCACCGCGGUGUUACCUCUUGCAAGCUGUGAACCUGCAAUCAUCAGGAGCAUCCUAGAGUGCUUGGAAGCAUGAACUCUGGGUUGAUUUUUCUUUAUUUUCUUCUAGUUAUUUUAAUUACGUGAUGGUGAUGUUAAGCUUAAGGAUGUGCAAACAAGUUUUUAAAAACUUAACAAGGAAUCUCUCUGAAUACUUGUUCUAUGUUGAAACUACCUGUUUGUUUUUUAUUUUCUGUCAGAGGAAACCAUCCAUGUGAACCAAAGGGCAGAGGAAUCCAGGAACUGUGGGGAAUUUGGGAAGGAUGUUGGAGGAGUUGGAGGAGUUGGAUUUUAAAAAGUAAUGAGCAAGUUUGGAAGAAGGCUGUGUGGAAGUGAAAGCUCUGAGGGCCACUGAGGAAGGUGGUAAGGCUGGUACAGUGGUGGUAGGGGAGCCAAGUGUAUUGCUUGAAAAUGAGGUGAAAUUGUUCAGUGUUGAGAUGUUAAGCCCAUUCUAGGAUUGCUUGAUUUCCUGUUGGGUAUAAUGUGGAGGUGGAGCCAAAGAGGUAGGAACUAAACCCAAGAAGGAUCCAUGAACUGUGCAGUUAACUGGAGACCGAGGCAGGUGGAGGUGGGCCCCAUACAGUUGGAUCUGGCCCCCUUCACGUGAGACCCCAAUUCUGCCCUCUUGGAGUGGAAGGUCUUACUGUUGUAGCAGCUCUGGAUAAGUGGUCCCUGACCCGUGGCUGACUCCUUAAAUUGCAUGGAUUUCCCCACAGAGGUUGUUUUCCAAGUUGAAAAUGAGUUUAGGGUAGGGUAGCUGUUUUCUCCUUGUUAGCUAAGGAAGUUUAUCAACUACAGAGCUCACUUCAAAUUUGUGACAAUCCCUCCCUCCCCCUUUAUUCUACCCUUUUUUCUUCCUUCCCUUCUCUUUUCUUAACUCUCUCCCUCUGCUUUUCCCUCUCCCUUUCUAAGUUACAGUCUGUUCUCACAUAAUGUAGAACAGGGAUUUUAAAGACUCAAUACUCCCAUGUCAUCCUCAGUUCUAAAGGACUUGACUGCAAGUAGGGGACCCCAAGGAAGGAGGAAAAUCCAUACCCGCUGACCAGGCAACAGGUGUUCAUCAUGGAACUAUUUUAACAAAAGUGCAUGUUCCUUCCAACCAAAGAAAUGCAUGUGCAAUAAAAAGCCUUAAAAACAGGCGAAAUAAACCUCAUUUUCUGAGCGACUUACAAACCUGAGAACGGAGGGGAAGGUGUGCUGUGGUUCCAGAGGGGCCUUACAGUCAGUCUGGUUUUAGUCUAGAUUUUUUUUUUAUAAAUUCCCAAGGAAUUGUUAACACUUCGGUGACACCUAAUGGAUUCUUUGUGAAGUUCCAAGGUGCUUUGGUUCUUUGCUUAAGUGAACUGUGCCUUUUAUUGCAUUUCUGUUUCCUCUUGGUGGCUCUUCUAACUUUUUAGAGACUGGCUGUCUUGUUGGAGGCAGAUGUAAGUGUUGGUUGUGCUGUGCCACACAAGCUACCGAGACAAUCAGAUCUUCCUAGGCUUUUAAGAAAAAAA